AUGGAGCUCAACGAACCUCAAAGAAUAUUCAUUGGGGUAGAUGGAAUAUCCACAUCAUAUAUCCCACUAGUGGCAACAAAUAUAAAUUGCGAUUUUGUUAUAGACCCUCAGGUAAAGACACUAUGCCUAGGCGAAUUAACUGAAAAUAUUGGUGAGAUUAAAACUAAUGAGGUAAUUUCUCAGUGGGAAAUUCCAGAUUUCGAUAUCUCAUUAUCUCGUGAGCUAAACUCUUUUGAGGCUCGUGCAUUACUUUUUGUUAGAGGUGUUACUCUUGCAAUGAAUAGCAAAGGCGUCUCCUACAAAUUUAUUGAUUGGCUUUUAAAAAUAAUAAAGGAAAAUGGUCAAAUUUCUUUAAGGCAAUUUAAUAAUGAUUAUUUUACCUUAGUCUAUUUAUUAAAGACAUAUAUAUCAAUGACAGGAAGUUUUGUCUCUCCUUCAGAAGGAGUCCUUUACACUAGUGGAUUUACACCAAAAAUUUCUCAAAUUACACUAUCAACAGGCAUACUACUAGCUUUAAAGAAAUAUGCUCAGUGUGUAUUGGCUUUAAUAAUAGAGUCAUUAGCUAUUCCAACAAAUUUUUUGGUACAUAUAAUAUCUGUUUCAGCUGGAGGGGUUGCAGAGACUGCAAGGAAUAUAAAAUGGUUAUUAGAGGACUCAAAAGUAGAGAGGAAUACUUGUGUUGAGAACUAUGAGCUAUUAAUAUGUUUAAGCAAUACUUUAUGCUAUUUAGGCUCUUUAAAAGAGGAUAUUGAAAAUAUGGAUUGUUGUAUUAAAGGUUACUUAACUAAGAACUCAAAUAUUAAGGUGAGCACUAAAGGAAUAGGGAACUCACUUUAUAAUAUAGAGAUUACACCAAUUUUUCCACAAUUAUCGAAAUUAAUAUUAUCAAUAUCCAAUCUAAAAAGUACUCUCCAUAAAUUAGUUGAAAUUUUAAUUCCAAAAUUUGAAGCGGAAAUAUUUACAAAAAAAUUGGAUGUCUCUAUCUCUUCAGGAAUUGGAAUUGAAGGAAUAGAUAUCAAAAAAGUUCUAAAAAUACCUCAAACUACAAUUGAAUCUAUUAAAUAUAUAAAAGAAUGUAUGAAGUUGAUGAAAACUCAAAAGCUUGCAGUAUCAGAAACAAGAAAUGAAGAAGAAACUUCCACCUUGUUUCUGCUAACAAGUGAAUCAUUAAAGGUACUUUGUCUAUUAAAUGUUUUGUCUUUGCAAAGAUUAGGUGACAUUAAUCGUAUGCAGUGCAUUACAGCUAUAGAAAAAGCUCUUUUAAAAGGGAAGAUAUCAGUGAAAAUUUCUACUCAUGAAUCACGCAACAUCCAUCAAUUUCGUGAAUUAAUAACUAACAUUCUUGUAGAGAAUUUAGAUAGUGUUGGAUAUUUGCUAGAUAAUUCAGAACCUAGUGGUAUAAGAAACUAUUGCGAAUAUUUAUUUGAUAGUUUAAAUAAUGGUGGUAUCUAUAAUUUACUUAAUCCACUUAUAAAAAUUAUGACAACUCAAAAUCAGAUACAGAGGAAACCUAAGGUCCCAAAAGGAACUCAAGAUAUACCUCCACAAAAAAUGGUUAUUAGAAAUGUGAUAUUUGAUACUAUUCGGUCUAUAUUUAGAUCCCAUGGAGCAGUAGAAAUAGAUACUCCUAUAUUUGAACUUCGCGAUACAUUAAUAGGAAAAUAUGGAGAAGAUUCUAAACUUAUAUAUGAUUUAAAGGAUCAGGGAGGUGAGCAAUUAUCACUUAGAUAUGAUUUAACAGUACCACUAGCAAGAUAUAUUGCCUCAGCAGGCUUAGAGAAUUUGAAAAGGUUCCAAAUUGGUAAAGUUUAUCGUCGUGAUGAGCCUCAGAUGUCACGUGGAAGAUAUCGUGAAUUUUACCAAUGUGAUUUGGAUAUAUGUGGUAUAUAUGAGGCAAUGACAACUGAUGUUGAGAUUCUUAAAAUCGCAACAGAUAUUUUAAAUGCUUUUUCUCCAUGGAUUGGAUCAUUCAUUAUAAAAAUAAAUCACCGUAGUUUAUUAGAUGGGCUCUUGAUUGUAUGUGGAGUACCAAAAGCCAAAAUACGGACGAUAUGUUCCUCGAUUGAUAAGCUCGAUAAGGAAUCUUGGGAAAGUGUAAAAAAGGAAAUGGUUACAUUGAAGGGCCUUUCAGAAGAAGUUGCAGAUAAGAUAGGAAACUAUAUUAAGUUCUCAGGGGCUCCUGGUGAAGUAUUAACAAAAGUUAAACAGUGUGAAGAGCUGAUAAAUAAUGAGGAUAUAAAAUUGGCAAUUAGUGAUAUGGUACUUUUGUUUUCAUAUACUGAUGCUGUUGGGUGUACUGAACACUUGUCAUUUGACUUAUCUUUAGCAAGAGGCUUAGAUUAUUAUACUGGUAUUAUAUAUGAAGCUGUUCUAACUUCUGGGAAUGUUGGUAGUAUUGCAGCAGGUGGGCGUUACGAUAAUCUUAUUGGUAUGUUUUCUCAAAAAAAUAUCCCUGCUGUUGGAUUUUCAGUAGGAGUUGAACGUAUAAUGAAUAUUAUUGAGAAGAAGUUGGAAACAAAUACUAGACAAUUAUCUAAUAAGAUCAUUAGAGGUAGCUUUACUGAAUUUUUGAUUUGCACUAUUGGAGAUAUUCUAGUCACGCAUAAAUUAAAACUUGCUUCUAUGCUAUGGACAAACGGUAUUUCAGCUGAGAUAUCUCCAUCAAGUAAUGCAAAAUUACGUAAACAACUUGAAUAUGCAGCUAGCAAACAAAUUCCAUUUUGUAUUAUUGUAGGAGAGGAUGAAGUGAAACGUAAUACAGUUCAAAUACGACAAGUUAAUUUGGAUACUCAUAUAGACAAGUCUCAAGUAAGAAUAUCAGAGGAAGUAUCAUUAAAUUCCUUAAUAUCUCGUGUUAAAGAUAUAAUUUCGAAAUAUGGUUCAUCUUAUGAUCAUUCUUAUGCAUACAUUUCAAACCAAGAUAUAUUUGAAUAA